AAUAUUAUUAUUUUCUCAAUGUUUAACCCGUUUUCUGCUUUAUUUUAGAACGAUGGCAUGCGAUAAUGGAUAUGACAUAACUUUGGCUUUUGAUGAUGCAUCUGAGACAGACAGUGCAAUUUACUCUGACAGUGCCGAUUCUGACGAGAUGGACUGCCCAGAUCAACAAUCCAUGAGCUGCCAAUGCAACAUGGAUGGAGGCAUCAAAUUGGAAAUGUGGAGGCAUCCUUCCAGCAUGAAGCAGGUGGUGAACAUCAUCAUUGCUCUGAAGAGGAUGAAGCACGUCAAAACAAAGUCUUCAGAGUUUGGUGAAGAAGAGGUGCUCAACAUCAUCAUGGACCGUGUGAUUCAAGAGCGUCAUAUGGAGCGUGUUGUGGUGACUCCAUCUUACACCAAGACCAACCAGAUGGUGCAGUGCAACGUUUGUGAUCAGUUCAAGAAGACUCUGGUGCAAAGCCUGGGAUCUCCUCGUCUGCUGGCUGUCACGCUGAGAGACGGAAACAGUCGAUUCAAAGUGGAUUUCAGUCUGUCGCUGUAUGCAUCAACGAGUGCCUCCCCGAAUGCAUCCCAGCCUGUGUGCCUGGCAAUUUCCCAGACCAAUCUCUACCUCGCUUGUACCAAGCUGGACGAUCCUUCCCCCCACCUGGUCUUGAAGGAGAUCAGUGGAACCCUAAACACCAUUAAAGUCGGGGACCAGAAUGACAACCUCCUGUUCUUCAGGAAAGAGACCGGUGUGGCUAAUAACACUUUUGAAUCUGUUAAGUAUCCUGGAUGGUUUAUUAGCACGGCUUAUGAGGAUUUCGAGCAGGUGGAUAUGAGCCAGAUGUCAAAAGGCCGAUUCACAAGCUUCACGCUGGAGAAGAAACAACUAAUCCGGAGUUAAGAAUCAAAUUUGAUUCCGUAAAUAUC